AUGAUGCCGGGCCUCACAGCCAACUCUGCUGACGAGGAGAUUCAUAUUGAUGACUUCGAGAUCCUCCGCACCAUUGGUGAAGGCACCUUUGGUAAAGUGAAGUUGGCCUGGCACAUUCUGACCGGGACAGAGGUGGCUCUCAAGGUCGUUAAAAAAAGGUAUCAGAGCUUCUCAAGUGCCCAGGCACUUUUCCGGGACGUGUACGGUCUGAAGGCUCUCGAUCACCCCAAUAUUGUCAAACUGCUGGGGGUGAUUGACACAGAGAAGACAUUUUUCGUGGUGAUGGAGUACCUCAGUGGGGGGAACAUGUACCGCUAUUUGAAGACCCAUGGCCGUAUGACAGAGUUGGAGGCCCGAGGCCUGUUCCGGCAGCUGCUCUCCGCCCUGCAGCACUGCCACCAGAGGGGCAUCGUGCACCGGGACCUGAAGCCAAUGAACCUCCUCUUUGAUUCCCACAUGAAUAUCAAACUUACAGACUUUGGCCUCAGCAGCAAGUGUGAUGACACUGGCCAACUGGACAUGCGCUGCGGCACAGCCCCUUAUGCUGCCCCGGAACUCUUGCAGGGGCAGAGGCACAGCGGCCCUGCGAUGGACGUGUGGAGCCUGGGAGUAGUGCUCUACGCCAUGAUCCAGGACACUGGGACAGGCAGUGUGAGCUCCAAGAAACCCAAGGUGGAGGUCUCCAUCAUAACUCUGAAGGCCUUCUCUUGCGGGAACCUCUGUGGCAGUGAACGGCCUACCCAGCUCGAGCAGCUCAAGAUAGCCAUCUUUCCUGUCUACGGCGCUGGUCAGAUGGAGGGAGCACAACAGGCUCAGGGUAGGGGAACAGCUGCUGGGGAGCAGAGGACAGGGCGGAGAGCGAGCCAGGUGGGGCUCGCUACCGCUUUGCCCGGCCAGGUGCUGAUGCUUAGGCGCUGCCUCACGUGGCUGCGGGCCACGUGGCUGGCUCAGGUCCUGCCGCUGCACCACAACCUCCAGUUCCACCAGCUUAUGGGCUACGUGGUGGUCGGGCUCUCCCUCGUCCACACCGUGGCCCAUGUGGUGAACUUCGCACUCCGGGCUCAGUCCAAGGCCAGCCCCUUCCAGUUUUGGGAACUGCUGCUCACCACGAGGCCUGGCAUUGGCUAGGUCCGCGGCUUGGCCUCCCUGGCCGGUGUGGCCCUGCUGCUACUGCUGCUUCUCAUGUCCGCCUGCUCCAGCUCCUGUGUCCGCAGGAGCGGCCACUUUGAGGUGUUCUAUUGGACCCACCUGUCCUACCUCCCAUGUCUGCACGGGCCCAACUUCUGGAAGUGGCUGCUGGUCCCUGGCACCUUGUUCUUCCUGGAGAAGGCCGUCGGCCUGGCCGCAUCCCGCAUGGAGGCCCUGUGCAUCGUGGAAGUCAAUCUCCUCCCUUCCAAGGUGCAAAGGGGGCCUGAGGAGCCAAGGGGAGUCACAGGUGGUGGGGUGCAGCAGCUGAGUACUCUGUCACUCACUCACUUGUAUCUGAACAUCCCCACCAUCGCGCACCACGAGUGGCACCCCUUCACCAUCAGCAGCGCUCCUGAGCAGAAAGACACCAUCUGGCUACACAUCCAGUCCCAGGGCCAGUGGACAAACAGGCUGUAUGAGUCCUUCAAGAAAUCAGACCCAGUGGGCUGUGGUUCCGAGAGGCUCUCGAGGAGUUUGAAGAUGAGAAGGAGUCAGAGGAAGCCGCAGGUCUCCGAGGUGUCCUCUGAGAACCACCGGUUCUGUAACAUCAAGUGCUACAUCGAUGGCCCUUCCGGGACCCCCAACCGCAGGAUCUUCGCCUCCGAGCAUGCCGUGCUCAUCGGGGCGGGCGUCGGCAUCACCCCCUUUGCUUCUAUCCUGCAGAGCAUCUUGUACAGGCACCAGAAGAGAACGCACAUCUGCCCCAACUGCCAGCACUCGGGGAGGGAGGGUGUGCCGGAUGCUGACAGGAAGCUCCUCAAGGUGGACUUCAUCUGGGUAAACCGAGGCUAGCGGUCUUUCGAGUGGUUUGUGAGCCUGCUGACCAGACUGGAGAUGGACCAGGCCGAGGAGACUCAGGAGGUUAGCAUAGUCAGUAUUGUUGGUAUAGUUAGCACAGCUGGUAUAGUUAAUAGUUUAUUAGCAUAGUUAGUGUAGUUAGUACUAGUUAGCGCUGUUGGCAUAGUGAGUAUUGUUGGUAUAGUUAAUAGUUU